UCGGAGAGCUGUCUCCAUCAGGCAGCAAACUCUCAGCACUCACCAGGGAGCAGAGGCACCUCCACCAUGCCUGGAAACUGCUGUUCUAGGAAAUGCCCCUCCGUGCCAGCUGUCUCCCUCUGCUCCACCGAGGUGAGCUGUGGAGGGCCUGUUUGCCUGCCCAGUUCCUGCCGGAGCCGGACUUGGCAACUGGUGACUCAAGAUAGCUGCAGAUCAUCCAGCUGUGGCCCGCAGUGCUGUGAGCCCUCCUGUCCCGUAAACAGCUGUGCCCAGCCUGUGUGCUGCGAGGCCCCUUCCUACCAACCAGUCCUCUGUGUGCCCACUGCUUGCCAGACCAUCCUCUGCAGACCCAGCUGCUGCCAGCCAGUCAUCUGCGAGCGCACCUACUGUCCGACUGUCUGCACCAGGCCUAGUUCCUGCCAACCAGUGAUCUGUGAGCCUGCUUGCUGUCAGCCAGUGUGCCCCACGCCUAGCUGCUGUUCAUCUGUCCGCUCCGUGGCCAAUGGCCGCCAGUCUGUCUGCUGUGAGCCACCUUGUGAGCCACAUUGUGAGCCACCUUGCUCAGAGCCAAUAUGCCAGCCAACCACCCGUGUGUCUCUGGUCAGUGAGUCUGUCUGUGUCCGCCCGGUCUGCUGUGUUCCAAGCCCUUGUGAACCACCUUGUGUCUCUAGCACAAGCCAAGAGCCCUCUUACUGCGUCUCUAGCCUCUGCCAACCCAUCUGCUCUGAGCCCAGCCCCUGCUCACCUAGUGUCUGUGUGCCCCGGCCAUGUCAACCCAUCGGCUAUGUCGUCAAGCGCUGCCAGUCUGUCUGCUAUGAGCCCGUUUCCUGCCCGUCUACCUCGUGCCGACCUCUCUGCUGCCGCCCAGGGUCUUCUGCAUCUGUCAUCUGCCGGCCAAUUUGCUCUCGAACUUUCUACAUACCCAGCUCCUGCAAACAACCAUGCACUCCUUCAGUUUCCUACCGCCCAAUUUGCCGCCCUCUCUUCUCUGGACCCACCACCUACAGGCAGCCGUAUGUGACGUCCAUCUCCUACCGCCCAGGCUGCUUUCGCCCCUGUUACUCCAUCUUGCGCCGCCCAGCCUGCAUCACUUCUGUCUCUUACCGUCCCAUCUGCACCCGCCUGUCUUGUACUGACACCUGCAAACGUGAUUGCAAAAAGUCUACUUCCAGCCAACCGGAUUGUGCUGACUCAACACCCUGCAAGACAGAGGUCUUAGAGGCCAAUCCUUCCCAGCCCACUGAGGCCAAGCCCACCAACCCAACCACCUGUGAGGCCGCAACCAGCCAGCCUGCUGCCACCAAGCCUGCUAACUGCUGAAAUGGCCUCUGCCCACAAAUCCCUGCAGUGCACGCCUCUGACUACAGAGAAAAUGUGACUGCCCUCCCCAAAGCUCAUCUGACUUAGAAUCUUUUUCUUUCUGCACUAUCACUCACCAUCUGCUUAUGCUUCAAAGAACUCACCAGAAAUGUCAGUCUCUUAAGGGUCCAAAUGAAGUCCUCCUGGGCACGAGAGGGGGACCCCCGGGUUCCUGUCUGCUGCUGCCCAUAGGCUAAAAAAGGCUGCUGCGCUACAUCAUCUCAAGUCUCUCUCCUGGCAUCAGAUUUUUCUGUCUUCAUGUGUGUGCUCCCUCGCUACGUGUGCCCCUCUUCCUUGGGGACCUCUUCCAUGAGAUCAAGCUAUUUACCUGUCCAAUAAACAUGGCUAAGUUGAAGUGA